CAAAAAGACCGGAUUUCCAUCGACCACUUACUAUAAAAGACUCGCUAUUACAGAGACCUUGCGUUCGUAAUCAUGCCUCUACUCAUACCCGGAAACUUCAGUAUUGGGACUUCGUCGUCAGCGGAACCGUCGUCGACGAUGGGCAUGUCGUUAGUACGUCUUUUCCUCAACCGCCCCUUUAAUCCUCUUUGCCAUCUGUCGUGGAAUCCAGACGAUAUGAUCGCACAGCGUCGGAAGACAGAGAAGAAGACGAUGGUGCUUCCAAAGAAGACCGUGUCAAACGUCGAUCGCUCUAUCGCUACCAGUCGAGCAAAGCGAAACGCCGCUAUGGCGGCUAGGCGCGGUAUUGUGCAAAAUACCAAGCCAACAGCUAUGCAAGUCGAAGUCGAAGUAAAGAAUCAGACAGCAAAAUCGGGUGCCGCUAAGCAGCUCCUGGAGACGAAGGAUAAUCGCAGGAGAAAAAUUACGGUAACUAUGUCCGGCAAAGAACGUGCUGACCAGCGUCGUCAAAACCGGCAAGCGGCUUUGGCAGUAGCAACAGUCACGAAAGAUUCCAAGGGUGGUACCAAGGCGGUGCGUCAGAACCUCCCCCGCCCACCUUCUAAAAAAGCUGUCACCGCAGCUGUUUCUGCGAUGGAAGAUACCGGCUUUCGGAUCCCGGACGGCAUGCAGAUGGUAAUCUCAUUUGCACCAGCUACAGGCUCCAUGAAUACCAACGAAAGUAAGGGAUCGCGGAACCAGAACUUAAAUAAAAAAUCUCCUGCACCCCAUCAACACGAGAAUGGGCAAAGCGCGCGAAAGAACAAACUCAAUCGACGGGGUCGAAGCCGGAAGCACAUCGGAAAGGGCGAACAAGGCUAAGAGAACAUGUACAUGCUUAUUAACAAAACUGCGACAAGGGUGUCAAAUGGGUUGAUAACAAAAGGAAAGUAGUUCUGUAUUCUCAACAUGAACAGUAAAGAAACAAUUCAGCUUAAUUAUUUCGGGUUGCGAGACGACCACUUAUGUUGACAGUAAAGUAAUCGAAAUAAACUAGCUGGGACCCUCAUCUCC